AUGUUUCGCAUAGCAUCAAAAUUUUCUUCAAGAAUCUCUCCCAAAGCUCUUGUUUCUCUCACUGCAAAACCCUCUCCCAUUUCAUUCAGGUCAUUCAGCAAUGGCUUGGCGUUGGAUAAAAGCUUAGCUAUCGAUGAUGUUGUUCGGAUGAGCGCAUACGCUUUGAGACAAGCUAGGUCUGAAAAAUCAGUGGGAUCAUACGGUAUGGGUUAUUUGGUGUUGAAGCAUUGUCUUACAACCGAGUUAACGGAAGGAAAUGACCCAAAACAUGAGAAUUCCAAAGGAAUUGCUUUGCUUGCUAUGUCUACCUUGUUUUCUGAAAGAGGAGAUUAUGUUGAUGCAAUUGAACAGCUAGACGGUGUUCAAGAAUUGACGAAUUCUUACUUGGGUAUUAGAGUUGCUGCCUUUGAAGCUCAGGCUGGGCUUCAUCUAGAAUUGGAACAGGAUGAUAUGGCAUCUGCGGUGGCUGAUAAAUGUAUAGAGCUGGUGGAGAACGAGAAAACAGAAGAUUUUGAAGCUUUAAAUGUUCGUGCUAGAGCGCUAAAAGGGCUUAUUGAACUUGUCAAGGGAGAUAUUAAAUCAGCUGAACCUUACUUUGACAAAACUCUACGCACCAAGCUAUGCGAAGGCACUGCUGCUCUAUCGUAUGCGGAGUUCCAACAAACAAGGCAGAACUACUCAAUGGCAAGAGAGGUUUACCAGAAUGUUAUAGAAGGAGCCGCUGACCUUAAAGAGAGUGGCAAUGUAUACUUAGGAGGUGGUAACAUGAACAUGGAGGGUUUAAUGAUGGGGGCCAUGUGUGCUUUAGGACAGCUUGAAUCACAUUUGUGUAACUUCCGUAAUGCGGAGGAGCAUUUGACAAAGGCAUUAACUAAAGCAGAAGAGAUCUAUGGAGAAAAACAUCCCAAGGUGGGUGUUGUCUUAACAUGUAUGGCUCUUAUGUAUAGGCAUAAAGCAAUUGUUCAGCAAUCAAGUUCGCUUAUGGUUCAAGAGGGCCUCUACAGAAAAAUUUCAGGGAUUUUGAAGUUUCCAUCAGCUGAAACUGAAUCUGAAGGUACUAAUGCUGCUGCACCAUCUGUAAAGAGAAGUGAUAUAGUGGCUCUUUCAAGUGGUGGAUAUGCAGAAGUACUUAAUGUCCAAGAAAAGAGAAAGAAUGAAGGAGAGAAGCUGAGGAACUUGUCUGAUUCUUUAUGGAAAAACAACAGGAUGUCUCUGGAUGAUUAUCUCGGAAACACAGAAGCAAAUUUAUGUCCUGUUAUUGAUGCUCGCAUAUGCAGGCUUCUGUAA